AUCUUCAAAAAAAAAUCUGCGGAUUGUUUACAUUAAUUUUGUAAUAAAAUUGUAGUGAUUUUCUCCGUUUUUUCCAUAGAAAACUCUAGAUAUUCUCAUUAAAUAAAGAGAGCCAACAUGGAAACUAAGACUUCUGAAUCAAGUGUCGCACCCGACAAUCGGACGGCGGAAGAGGAACCUUCUGAUGGGCUGAUGGAAUACAACACGAAGCUAGACCCGGCUGCGCCCCCUGGUGCCUUCAUCGAGCCUAUGCCCCAAGAGUGGACAGAAAUCACGACUGAGUUUUUCGACUGCGUCAAGGAACUGCAGCUGGGGGAGCUUAUUCACGAUAACAUGUUCGGUCUUUUUGAAGCAAUGUCUGCAAUCGAAAUGAUGGACCCCAAAAUGGAUGCCGGAAUGUGCUGCAAUAAGGAGGCCACUCCGCUGACCUUCCAGACGGCGGUUGAGACGAACUGUAUUAAGCUGGUCAAUUUGAGUGCUCCUGAAGCGAUCGGCAUUAUCGACGCGGUUUUCUCGUGUACCGUAUCCUGGCUUGAAGGUCACUCAAUGGCUCAGACAGUCCUCACGUGCCUGUAUUUGCACUAUCCGCAAAAAAUCGAAGACCGGUCGCUGAAGGCAUUUGCUUGCGCAAUCUUGAAAAUGCUCUCUCUGAUCCGGAACUUCAUUAUGUGGGCCCGGGUUUACGAGGAAGAGGAUUUUCAACUCAGCACCUAUGGGUACGAUCUGUGCAAGGAUCUGACCGAAGCCAAGGCUUGUAAUAUGCUCAAGAGUGCCGAGGAGGAUUUGGUCAAGAAAGCCAAAGACACCGAGGAUGAAAAGGAAAGAGAGGCCAUCAAUGCACUGAUUUGCCGGUUGAAGUUUACCAGGUUACUACUCCAGUGUUUGGUAGCUCUGUACCCAGAGAAGAACGUAUCUCCAACAAAAACGGAAAUGAUAGACAUCGUGAAAACGCUCAAUGGUGCCCUAGAAUUGACCCAGUUGAUUGAGAAAACAAUCGAGUUGGGAACACAACCGGAACCGGGAUCGGACACCCCAAAUUCGAUGGGCUUCUCGAUGAUGGUCAAUCAACGGCUGUUGCCACCGACCUUUCCACGAUACACCCGAAUCAAGGAUCGAUCCGUGUGCAUCCAAUAUCUGGCGGAAUUUAUCCAACGGCUCAAGCAUGCCUGCAAAAUAGUACACUGUCACGACUUUCACAGUGCUUUGAAUUUCUUCAUGGAUUUCUGUAAAAAGUUCAGCCCAUGUCUACUCUCCCGAAGCAUUCUACAAACGCUAUAUUUUCCCGGCCAUUGCGUCGUUUUCGGAACUAAGAAACUUACAGAAGUAUUGAAAGAGUCCGCCAAAGCGUUCAUUGCUCCACCAGUGCUGUUACCCGAUAAUCCUCUAUUCACCAACCCUGCGGCAUGCAACUGUGUCGAUUCUUUCUUCGCUUACAACGAGCAUAUCUUUAGCGUCCUCUUUGAACUGCGUGGAUACAAUCGGGCUCGGCAGCGAGAUAAGCUUGCUUAUGAGCUGUCCAGCUUUGCCAACCUCCAAGACGAAGCCGAACGGGUAGAUGCCUACUUGCACUCGCUUUCGAUGAAGCACGAAAACCCUCGGCAGCAUUUGGCCUGUUUCGGAACCUGGGUCUUGUAUCAUUGUCUACGGUCCAUGUCAUUUUUCUUGCUCUCCGGAUUAGAGCUGGAGUUGUACUCGGUUCACGAGUAUCUGUACAUUUUCUGGUACCUUUACCAGUUUAUAUUCGGAUGGAUUGUGUCGGCAUUGACCAGGGCUGAUGCUUUUCUCAUGGAGCAAGACAACAUACCCGAACCGAAAGGAUCCGCCAAGGGUAACCAGAAAAAACCGAAAGUCAAAAAGCGGAAAGGAAAAUCGGACGGUAAAGAAAUCAUUUUCAACCAGGCCAUGCAAAACAUGUGCGGUGGUUAUUACAAAGCUUUGGGGGGAUUCAUUGGUGAAGAUCGUAUUCCGGAACCUCUAGCGAUGUUCGACAACGAAAAAGUGAGAUUCGAGCAUCGUUUUGCUCCGUUUGCUGCAUUAUCAACGCCGCCACCGAUGGGAUACUCGGAUUUCAAGCUUAUGAAGUCAUACUUGCUCAAAUCUCCGCCGGAAGAAUUGUACGCAUCAGCUGCCAAACAUUUCCAUGAGGCGCGCUCACUGCUGGAGUCUUAUCCUAAUCCGGAUGAGGAGUGGCAUGAAAUAGUAAAGGUGGCCAAGAUGAACUUCGUGAUGAUGAACUUGCUGGCAAGUGGGCUAAAUCGGCAAUCGAAAACGCAACCGGAGUUUGACUUUUCCUACCAUCGAUAUUUUCCGAUUAUCAAGCAGAAGAAGUAGACAUUGAUUGUCAAUGAGUGUGUUCAUGAAUAUAUUCUAGAUUGGACGUUUGUUGUGUCGUACUUUCUCUGUAUUUAUUAUUUACUCGCUGAAUGCAAUAAAUAGAUAUAAACCUUA